GAUUCGGUCCGACGCUCUGCCGGCCCUGCGUUAAUUCGAAUGCCUGGCGUCCGUAAUUCUGUUCUGUUGGGUUGGGCUCGGCCCGGGCUUCAAUUCGAUGCAUGCAAGGCCUGGAACCUGCUGCCGAUGACGAGAGAGAGAGAGAGAGAGAGAGAUUACUGUUGUGUUUCUUCGAGAGGGAGGGAGGGAGAGCGAGCGAAAGGUGGGAGGGGAGGGGAGAGUGGGGUCUGCUGCGUCCUUGUCACGAUCGGGAGGGGGAGGGGAUGUGGGGAAUAUAAUAAUUUAUGGAGUUUUACCGAGCUGCCCGGGGGACGAGUGAAAAUUGUGCAUCGAGCGCCUGUCUUGUCCGUAGCCCAUUGUCCGGUGUGGUUUGUCUACGUUUGGCGUCUGUCUUGUAUCUUGAGAUGCUGCAGUAGCUUGCUCUUGCUCGCUCGCUCGCUCGCUUGAUGAAAUUGGAAGGUUUCUGGUGCCAUCGAGCUCUCUCCUGUGAUUAUCUGCAGUCCAAGGAAAGGUUCUCAUUUAGUCUCCCUUCCGCAUUCCUCUGCGUCCACUCGUGAGGGCGUGCCGAAAGUAUCUAUCUCUCUCUUUCUCUCUCUCUCUCUCUGAGUUUGUGUGCCUCUGCCUCUGCGCUGAUGAUGGUGUGCUGCUGCUGCGCUGGAUGAGGAGGAGGAGGAGGAGGGGGUGGGGGAGGUCGGUCUCGUUGGGUAUGUUUUAAGUCGUUGGUGGAAGGAACCCUUAAGGUUAGUCGUUCAAUCUUUGGCCGCGUCGCUGGGAUCAUCGGUCCAUGCUAGCGUUAUUGUCUCCACCCGCCGCGGGUCUGUUGUCCUUCGCUGAAGAAAUCGGAAGUUGGUUUGAGCGGUCGAGUCUUUUCACGUGCUUUUUCUUCUCCAGCAUCAUCAUCGGAGUUGCGAGAGGUGGGAUUAUGCGGGAUGGCACUCGUGGUGGGUCGUUUUCUUUGAAGUGAGAGCUGAGACCAAUGAGUCGCGAUGGCGGUAGGGGCUUGGCAAGGCGCAAUUCGGACCUCGAUUGAUGAAGAAGAAGGGGUAUCGCGGGAGGUGGUCGUUGCGCAGGAAUGGGCGGAAGCAUGGUAAUCCCGGAGGAGGGUAGUAGAGAGUUAGAUGGUUCUAUCGAGUCUUGCUCUGUCCAUACGGGGACUCUUCAGAAGCAUCCGAUUAGCAGCCCUGGCUUCUCGUAGUAGGCGGACCUCUUCUUCAUCUGCCAUGGAGACGCGCACCAUGAUCGAUGAUGAGAGAGCGGGUGUGCAGUCUCCUCUGAUCUUAGUCCCCGGUGUGGGAGUAGGCGUAGCGGUAGCCGAGCGGGAGAGGGAGAUAGGGGAACUGAGAGAGGCGGUUGGGUUCAUGAUGGCAGCGCGUAUGGCUUCUACCCAGCCGAUAGUGUCGAGGACUGCAUCUAGUAAGAGAAAGCUGGAAGAGCUUGAGAUUGGCAUCGCGGACCUGUCUGGCUCUGCUAAUUCGCAAGUCCGAGCUCGACGGGAGGCCCGAGAUGAGGAUUUGGAAGGCAGUGUAGCGGAGUCAAGCGGGAGGGAGCGUUAUGAGAGUGGACUCUGUUCUUCCGGAGAAGCUCAAGCCCUCGACGGAGAGAGUCUAAUGAGAGAGGAAGGUGGCAAUGAAGCCAUAGAUGCCGAUGCAAUGUGGGAAGAAGAGCCAGGAUGGAAUCGGACAGUCCUAGUUAUCGCCAAUUGUGAAAUUACGAAGGUAGUUGCUCCCGAGAAGGGAGAUGCCGAUGAUGUUCUCGAGGAGACCGUCGGUGUGCAGGCGACCAAUGAAGCUGGCAGCAGCCUCACUUCAAUCCUUGUACCUUCUCAGGUAGAUACAGGAGUGUAUACGGGACCAUCGUUAGGCGUUGCUGCCGUAAUUUCCGGUGAGUCUCUUGGGCCCGAUGCCGGGAUAAUUGGUCGAGGACUUGUAGAGGAAGUAGCAUCUGGAAAGGAUAGCGAGGCCCCAAGAGAAUCGGAGUUUGAUGGUCUACGAUCAAGAGAGAAAGAAAGAGAUUCAAUGCUCUUUGGUCACGAAGAGGAAUCGAGUACGAGAAGAUAUACACAUAGUCUUAGCACAGCAUCAGGGGCUAACCUCAAUGAGUCCAGUAUUAACAGCAGCGCAGGUGGAGUUCCUCAGGUCAGCGGGAGUCUCAGUGCCUGUGUUUCGAGUCUUCUUGCUGUUGGUUGUAGUGGAAGUGGAAGCGGAAAUGAUGCAGAGAGUUCUUGCAGUACGUCGGGAGCGAGAGUUGUGGACAUGGAUAGUAGCGCAUGUCGUCUGCAGUUUUUUGUGAGGACCUACAUUGAGGGUCGUACCAUCGUUCUUCAUGCGAAAGGUUCGGAUACCGUUGAAUCCGUGCAUCAGCAAAUUCAUUCGAAAACUGGACUCCCCGUUUCGGAACAGAGAUUAAUCUUUCGCGGACGACAACUGCAACAAGAUCAGACCCUGGAAGACUGCCAUCUGGCCAACGAUGCUACGAUGUUUCUGGUCGCAAGGAUGCGUAGCACAGCACUCCCUCACUCAUGGCAGCUCAUUAACGACCUAGUAGCUACGAUAAGGCGCAUGUGCGCUGUUGGAGAACAUUAUGCUCCGCUGGGUUCGAAGUUGAUGCAUUCACAGGACUGUGUGCGGGCAGGAGUUCAGGAGUUUUUGAAGAUGGCCUCCAAGUCUGUUCCGGUAUCGGAGCAUAUGCAGGUCUUCCAGCUCGCUGGAGCAACAUCUGCACUAGUCAUGCUGUUGUUGUCGCCAAUCGUAACUAAUCGUGAAUGUGCCGAGGAAUCCAUCACACUUUUCCUGCAGGCAAACGAUGAAUAUCUACCAUCCCAUAUUCACUGCCACUGUGCCCCAGUGCUACUUGACCUGUGCAAGCUUUUAGCAAAGAGUGCCCCCCAUCAUAACCUUUAUGCCUCCUGUCGGAACUCUCUUGCCCGGCUUCUCGACAGUGUUGGAAUAGCGCAUAACACUCCGUACUUUCAUGAAGCCAAGGCCGAAACGAUAGUUCAUGAUUUUUCUCCUUUUGUGAAUGAAUUAUCCGUGCGCAUAUCUCAAAGUUUGCGGUUUAUUGCAAAAUCUUACGCAGGCAAGGAGGCAGUUAUAAAUUAUCAGUCCUAUGGAAAAGAGGCAAAGGACUUUACUGCCUUCGUGAUUCCUCUCUGCAAGGCGAUGGAGGUUUGUAAAGGAAUUGAUGCUUCCGGAUCAAAGAAUUGUUUGAGACAUGUAGAAAUUGCUCGUGUGCGGAGACCUUCAUUGUUUUCUUCAGAUACUUCUAGUAACCCAGAUGCCUCAGCUUCAGAAGAGAGGACGGUUGUGAACACUAAUCUUAGCUUGUCUGUUGGAGUUGGUAUGGAAAUUGGAUCACACGGGUGGCUGCGUACACUGUUUUUAGAUCUCCUACGGGAGAUCAACGAUUGUUUAGAAGCUGUGCAGUCAGUUGGUCAUGGCGGUGAUAAGACACAGGACACCCAGGCUCUAGGACUAGUAGGCCCAGAUGAUCGGGAGAGAUCACUAGGGUUCGCACCGUUUUUGGUCGUACUCAAGGGUUUGCAUGCGGUAGCCAAGCUCUACGAGGGUGCCAUGGAAGAUCUGCUGAGUGUGCUGAUUGACAAGCAUACCGCAUUGAACGUUCUCAUUAGGCAGUCGAAAUGGAACGACGACGAUUUUUGGCUUCUUGAACACAAGUAUUUAUUGGAUUUUGAUUCCAAGAGGAGAUUGGUAAUGGCAAUGCUACCAGAGCCACAAGAUGAUCAUGACGAACGUCAAGAGAUGGUAGUUCAUAGGUCACAACUUUUGACUGAGUCCUUUGAGGCUUUGGCUUAUGCGGAGCCGGAUGUUUUGCAAGGAGGGAUUUCAGUAGAGUUUGCGACGGAGGAAGCUACAGGUCCAGGUGUUUUACGGGAGUGGUUCUCAAUGAUAUGCAGGGAAAUAUUUAAUCCGCAAAAUGCUCUUUUUUUGCCUUGCCCAAAUGAUCGGAGGAGAUAUUUCCCCAAUCCAGCAUCAGGGGUAAAUCCCGGACAUCUCACGUAUUUCCGCUUCUGUGGUCGAGUUUUAGCUCUCGCCCUCAUGCACAGGGUGCAAGUGGAUGUGGUAUUCGCACUUACCUUCUUCAAGCAGCUUGCGGGGCUCCCUAUAUCGUGGGAGGAUGCAAAGGAUGCUGAUCCAUGUUUAUAUGAAAGCUGCAAGAAGAUUUUAGAGAUGGAUGCAGAGACAGUCGAUUCUGAUGCUUUGGGUCUUACCUUUGUAAGUGAAAUCGAAGAGCUGGGGUCUCGCAAGACUCUUGAGCUUUGCCAGGGUGGGAGAGAGAUGGUUGUGAACAGCGACAAUCGUAAAGAGUUUGUGGAGCUUCUGGUGCGGCGGAGGUUGGUAACAUCUGUUGCGGAGCAGAUUAAGUCCUUUUCUCAAGGUUUCUCUGAUCUACUCGUGAAUUCCUCCCAUCAACAAUUUCUCCGUGCUUUGGAGCCUGAAGAUCUAGAUCUGAUGCUCUACGGGAAAGACCGCAAUAUUUGUCUCGAGGACUGGAGAAAGCAUACGGAAUACCAUGACUACACUGUUUCGGACGAUCAAAUUAAGUGGUUUUGGCAGGUGGCGGAGGAUAUGACGCCAGAACAGCGUAGGAGAUUGCUGUUUUUUUCUACAUCAGUUACUCAUCUACCUGCGGAAGGCUUUGCUGGGCUCUCAUCGAAGUUUCACAUACACAGAGCUCAUACGGACACAAGCUGGUUGCCAACUGCCCAUACUUGCUUCUAUCAAUUGGUUUUGCCUGCAUAUCCUACUUUUGAAAUUAUGCACACCCGGCUCCAUGCAAUAACCGAGGUUCAUAUCGCAGAAGGUUUUGGGUUUGCUUAGCCACAUGAUUGAGAGUUUGACUCUUAAUCAUGCGGUUACGUGAUGUAUGUCCAAUACAUCCAUGUUGAUAAAGUAGUUAGACGCGGUGGGAUUGUUUUUCUUCACCUUUUUUUUCUUUUCAAGUUUUUUUGUUAAUUUUUUUUCCUCAAGGCUAGAUCCCCACUCUUUUGAUAUCUUCAUUUAGCAAACGGGCUAGAGGAACGUCAAUUCUGCUGUAAAUUUAUUAGAACAGAGAGGGGUGCAGCAGGAGGUUGGGAGAGUACGAAGUAGAGUUGAUAUUCUUUACUGGAUCAAAGCAGAGGUUGGAUCCAAGUGGGUUCCCGUCGUUGCGUUGGGAAAUAAAGCAUUUGUUGCUCCUAGCUUGGAUUUCGUACCCAAAUUUCCUAAUACCGUCAAAAUGUUACCGAAAACCUGAUGGCCGUUAGUACAUUCAUGUAUCAAAAGGGUGUUAACGAAGGAUGUUGUAGUGAGUGAAAAACUCUUGUUACUCUUGUUACUAUUAGCCUUGUAUGCUUGACGGCAUAAUUUUCAGUAUGAACUCGCAAAGGCUUCUCACCACUUUUCACUCAAAUGU